CGCCUGCCGUUGACAUAGUGGGCGGUGACGGGUGGGUGAAGCCGCCGGUGUAGUUGUUUUAGGGUGGUUACACCGGUCCCUGGAUCAGGGAUAUGGCGGCCCAAACGCAGAGACCAGUAAAAGGCAUCUUAAAGAACAAGAACAACUCCGAGCCUUCCGUGCUGUGCCCGGUCAACAACCCCGAAUUAUAUCCGGACCGGGAGGACGAUCAGAGUAAGAAGUCCCAGAAAUGGGAUGAAAUGAACAUCCUUGCCACUUACCAUCCUUCUGACAAAGACUAUGGCUUAAUGAAAAUUGACGAACCAAGUACACCAUAUCACAGAAUGGUUGGAGAUGAUGAAGAUGAUGAAGGAGCCAUGAGUGACUCUGAGCCGAAUGAAGCCCUCACUGCUGAUGUGUUAGCUAGAAAACUAGCAGCUGCAGAAGGAGUUGAUCCUAAAAUCUUGACUCAAGAGGACAGCAGUGAGGAGGAAGAAGAGGAACUGACACCAGAGGAAAAAGAAAAGAAAAAGGAAUUUGAAAUGAGAAGGAAAUGUCAUUACAACGAGGCGAUGAACAUCAAGCUGGCAAGACAGCUGAUUGCAAAAGAACUGGCAGGGGAAGAAGAUGAGGAAGAUGAAGACGAAGAUGAAGAGAUGCAGGAUAUCACAGACACUGAAGUUCACCCCGACCAGCUGCAGAACAAUGACAGAGUCCUAUAGAGGAAAGCUGUGCUGCUCUGCUUUAUUGCCACCACAAUGCACUGUACUGCAGCCCUAUGGACUACAUUGAGGAGUAUGUGAAAUAUACUUCUCCAUUGCCAAUGUUAUGUCUUGAUUCUUUAAUUAGGCAGCAGUCUGAUUACUGAUUUGUAGGCAUGUCUGACAUCUGCCUUUUCAGAAGAUGGCAGACCGGGUAUGCUAGUGUUGGUUUACAGAGUUUACCUACAGUCAUUAAAUGCAGUGUUAAUUAGCCAUUUCAUAAGACACUGUAUGGUUAUCUUAAUUCAGACAUGUUGGAAAGGGUAACCAGAAAGUAUCAUUGGAGAACAGAAUAUCAUAGAGCGUUUAAACGAGUUGGGCUAUAGGAAAUUUACUGAUUUUGAUAAGAUUAUAUUAUGGUUUGCACAUUGUGCUUAAAUUAGCAGGACAUGUGCACUGUUGAAGCUAAAGUUUCAAAAUAUUCCUUUUUUUUUUAUUUGAUGUUGCUCAAGGUACCUCGACAGUUAAAUCUUUCUAAUUUCAAAAGAUAAUUGGCUAAAUUCAUGCUGAGGAGACAUUGUUGUCUUUGACCUGGAAAAAUAGAAAUACAUGGUCUCCAAGAAACAUGGAAUAACCUUUAAGCAGAGAGUGUAAAACAGUGGACGGAAUGGAAUGAUGGAAUGUGUUCACAGUAUGCUAACUCCCCUGUCUAUAUUAAAUGAACUAUAUGCUUCA